AUGGCAGCAUCUCCAGUGCAAAAUGCAUUUUACGGCUUGCUGGUUUUGUUGGGGAUUGCAGGUAAUGGUCUAGUCAUUCUCUGUCUUGGGAGUGAUGCUAUAAAGCCACACAGGACAAUAGGGCCAUCUGAUCUAAUUUUGCUUAAUGUGGCCACUUCAAACAUGCUGGUAUCUGUCUUCCGGAAUAUUUUGCUGUUCCAGUCUGAUCUCGGCAGAGAGGUCUACAUCUCUGCUGGUUGGUGUCAGUUCUUUAUGUGUAUUUGGGUCUGGCUACGAUCUGCCAAUGUCUGGGUCACAUUUUGUCUCAGCACAUUCCACUUGAUUACAAUCCGCCAGAGAAGUCAUGCUCCACGUGGUCUACAUAUCCUUGGAUUAACUCUUGCACUCAUUUGGACAAUCAACCUUAUUUAUGCAGUUCCUGCUUACAUCUUUUCCAAAAGAGGAGACAAAAACAGCACAGAGGGCAUCAUGAUAAUCAGCAGCACCACACGACCCCUCCUAGGUUGUGUCUGGAACUUUCCUUCACAGUAUAUUGGGUUAGUAUAUGCUACUUCAUCCCUGGUUCUCCAUGAAGCUAUCCCAAUAUUGUUGAUGUUGGGCACAAACCUUGCAACUCUAAAUACACUAAGGAAUCAUGGAAAAUCUGUGGGCACUGGUACAGAGUGCUUUAGAGGACGGGUGCCUGCUGAACGCAAAGCUGCUAAGCUGAUCCUGUCUCUCAUCAUUUUAUUUGUGGUGUCCUGGGGAGCUAGUGUUUUGUCUGUUAACUACUACAAUUACAAUCGAGGCCCUUCCUCAGAAUACAUGCUGAUAGUGGCUCGAUUUUCCAACUCCCUUUUUAUUGGUCUCAGUCCCCUGGUACUGGCAGCAGGACAUAGAAAGUUACAGAACAAGCUGAAGAACAUACUUUCAUUAAAAAGAAGCUUCUUCAAUAAUUGAAUUCAUCGACU